AUGGCUUCUUUGAAGUCAAUAGAAGAUAUAUCAGGUAUCCAUCCCACUCUGAUGCCCAGAAGCCAAGGAACAGUAAUUGACAGUGAUGGAGAGGGAGAGCGGAAGGUCAAUGGAUUCCCAAGGGGAUGGUCUAGAUGGGGAGAUGUCAUCAAUAGAGGUUUCAGCAAAAAAAGCGCCGUCUUACCCAGCGCCCCGGACACUUCAACUUCACACACAGCCUCCACAGCAGCGGCGGCGCCAGCGAAGCGUGGCGCCUCCCGCCAGCGCCAGAGCCGCACUUGCGCAGCAGUUCCUUCGCUGGCGGCUCAGCCCCGCCCCUCAGAAACGCCAAGUUCCCUGAAAGGCACCCGGCGUGGAAACGCUCACGCGCAGGCGCAGUCGGGCUGCCUUAGCGGAGCCGGAGGUGUCAGCAGCACGGAGGUGCAGGGUGAUGUCGAGGGUGCGGGGCCGGGCGCUGCCAGCGGCGCGCUCCGCCCCGGGGCUCCGGACCCUGCUCUGGGCCAGGCCCUGGCUCCGGCCCCGGUCCCGGCCCAGGCCUCGCAGUUUACUCUGCUGGUGAUGCACCCCUGCGGAGGGCAGGACGACUCUGCGGCCGAGGGCGUACUGAGGCAAGCUCCGGCCCUGGGGGACGGCGCCGGUGCAGGCAAGUCCAUUAGGUACCUGUGCGAAGUGGCGGGGACUGGCGAGGAGGAGGCAGGGGAGGACGAAGCCGACCUGCUGGACACUUCCGACGCCCCAGGAGGAGGCGAAAGCACUGCUAGUUUGGAGGAUCUGGAGGAUGAGGAGACCCACUCUGGCGGCGAGGGUGGCAGCGGGGGAGCCCGGAGACGGAGCAGCGGCGGGGGCAGCAUGAGCAAGACCUGCACCUUCGAGGGCUGCAGCGAGACCACGAGCCAGGUGGCCAAGCAACGGAAGCCUUGGAUGUGCAAGAAACACCGCAACAAGAUGUAUAAGGACAAAUACAAAAAGAAGAAAAGUGACCAGGCCCUUAACUGCAGUGGGUCCGCGCAGCCUGGCAGCACGGGAAACGUCAGACUGGAGGAAAGUACAGAUAACAUACUCUCCAUUGUUAAACAAAGAACAGGAACCUUUGGGGAUCGUCCUGCAAGACCUACUCUUUUAGAACAAGUGUUAAAUCAAAAAAGACUGUCAUUACUAAGAAGUCCAGAAGUGGUGCAGUUUUUACAGAAACAGCAACAACUAUUAAAUCAGCAAGUUUUGGAGCAAAGACAGCAGCAGUUUCCAGGAACAUCAGUGUGAAGGAAUUUACCAAGAAGAUCCACAUGUUUUUUUAUUUUGUUGUAGAAGAUGGACAUAUUUUUAUACUAAAGAUAAAUGGGAUUAGAUACGCCAGUAAAACAUAAACAGUCAUUUUCCUGUAAAUAUAUGUGUGCAUUUUGGGAUAAGUAAGUAUUGCCCUUUGUGCAUCUAAUCCUUUCAGAUUACCAUGAAUUUGGAGAAACAGCUUAUCUUUCCAAAAUAACAUUAAAUUACGAUUUUUUUUUUUUAAACAAAGUAUUCCUCUUCAGUCAUUGUUACUGAAGGUAAUGAAGCAGUUACUUUCUGUGGAAGUCACAAAGCUAAUAGAUACUAAUUUUUGAUCAUUUAGUUCAGUGGUCUUAUCAAGGGGCAGUCAGAAAUGGAUGGAUAUGUUUUUAAUUGUCACAAUGAUCUUAAAAACUCCUGGUAUUUAGUGAAUGGGUCAGGAAUCCUAAAUGUUCUACAGUGUCUGGAAUGGCCUUUCACAAUAAUUAUCUCGCCCACAAUGUCAGUAAUCCUCCUUUUAAGAAACACUGAUAGUUGUGAUACUACUUGUGAUGAUAAAAUGUCGUUGGAGCACCUAAAA